AUGCGGGGCUACAACAGGAUCCCGGAGGGCGCUUCACCAGGGGAGUCGGAUGCACAGGGCGCGCGCGAGGAGGGCAACGUGCGUACCCCCCUCCGCAGCAGCAGCGGCUCUGCGGCAGAGGGACAAGGCGGUGAGACCCGUAACAGGAGGCUCGCCGUUGCCGUACCUCUCGGAGUUCUCGGCGUUCUCGGGGUUCUUUUGAUCACGUCGGGGGGUGGGGGUCGACGGCUGCGGCCGGAGCCGGAAGCUGGCUCGCCCGCCAGCUUUGAAAGCCAGCACUCGGUUGCUGGGGUGUCGGUGUUCGAGAGCUCCUUUCACGAUGGGACAAGGCUUGACCAGGGCUUCCCUGCCCCGGCGAGCUUGAAACAGGUCAUAGCGGUCUGCGCAGAGAGGGGCGUGUCUGGGACGGUGGUGGUGGAGUCGGACGACAAGCUGCAGGAGAUUAUCGGAUUCGGGGGAGCUUUCACCGACGCCGCCACGAUAAACUUCUUCAAGCUGCCGGAGGAUGUUCAGGAGCAGGUGUUGGACGCAUACUUCGGACCCAACGGCAUCGAGUACAGCGUUGGCCGCAUCCCCAUGGGCAGCUGCGACUUCAGCGUGGAGCAGUACAGCUUCGACGAAGUGCCGGGAGACUACAACCUCACGCACUUCGAUGAUGGCGUGGAGAAGGACACCGCUCAGAGGAUCCCGAUGCUCCUCUCGGCCCUCGCGCGCCGGGAGGACCUGAAGCUCUUCACGUCUCCGUGGAGCCCUCCCGCAUGGAUGAAGGAGCCGAAAGACGGAGUUCAGAGCAUGAUCGAGAGCGCUCUGCCGCAGGGACUGCUGGCGGACCCCGGGGUGCACGCUGCGUGGGCACUCUUCUUCAGCCGCUUUAUAUCGGCCUACAAGGAACAGGGGGUGGAUUUGUGGGGGCUGACGAUCCAGAAUGAGUCUGAGAACCCGGGUCCGUGGGAGGCUUGCGUGUACACGCCCUCAUCUCAGGCUAAAUUCAUCCGCGACCACCUCGGUCCCGUCAUCCGGAGGGACCACCCGGACGUGAAGAUCAUGGCCUUCGACCACAACAGAGACCACCUGGUAACGUGGGCGGAGGAGAUGAUGAGCAACGAAGAGACGGCUCAGUACGUCGACGGCAUGGCCUUCCACUGGUACGUGGCUUCGUGGAACAGGCUGCUGGACGGCAGCAUGGGCUGGGGCGCUCUCAACACGACCCACAACCUGCUGAGCGGAAGAGACAAGUUCAUCCUCUCGACGGAGAGCUGCAACUGCCCCAACGUGGACCACUCCCUGGAGGGGGGCUGGAAGAGGGCAGAACACACGCUGCACGAAAUGAUCGCCGACGUCAACAGCUGGUCCACUGGAUGGGUGGACUGGAACCUGAUGCUCAGUUAUGACGGUGGACCGAACCACGCUGGCAACCUGUGCGACACUCCCAUCGUCAGCAACGAGAACCACACGGACGUCAUCUUCCAGCCGAUGUUCUACUCCAUCGGCCACAUGUCGAAGUUUGCCCAGCCCGGAGCGAGGCGGCUCAAGAGUCACGUAACGGGGCUGUACCAGAACGGUGGGAGCGGGCCUUCCACAGCCUUGGCCGGCUACGAGGCCACCCUGUACGGGUGCGAGGGCAGCGUGCGCCAGAGCUGGGAGAUGUCGGCGACGGGCAGGAUAUCCCUGGCGGACAACUUCGGUGCCCAGUACGACUGGUUCCAGCCCUUGUGCCUGUCGAAAGACAUUUCGGAAUCCUUCAAGUCCGUUAACUUGGUGCCCUGCGACUCCGACCAAGCCGGCACGUUCGUCUAUGACCAAGACAGCGGCCGCAUCGCCCUGCAGGCCGACGCCUCCUCCCCCCCCGACGCGGACCCCCAAACCGUGGCCGACGCCGAGGAUCCCGUAGUUUCAGGAUCGACGGAGUCAGUCUGCCUGGAUGUGCUCGACGGGUCUACCGAUGACGGGGUGGUGCUAACCCUUAACCCGUGCGAUCUGGAAUCCACAUCAGAGGACACUAGCAGCGGUCAGCGAUGGGAAUUUGCUGAGGCGAAAUCCGGCGACGGGGGAGGGGGGAGCCUGGUGUCCGCCGCCACCGGCCGGUGCAUGACCGCCGGGUGGCCCUUCUUCACCGGGGCCGCCUUCGAGAUGAGCGACGCCUCCAAGGACCGCUACGGCAAGGACUACGCGGUGGUCCUGCUCAACGAGGCGGAGGAACCGGUGGAGUUCGACCUCUCCUUCCCUUCGGAGGGGUUCUCGGUCAGGGCGAUCAUCGGGCCCCGCGCCAUCCAGACCAUCCUCGCCUAAGUAAACACGGAGGGCUUUUUUUGAUGUGGCCCUUUCGAGUGGGCGUUCAUUCGUGACCUCGGGGUCUUCUUUUACGGACGUGACCCCGGGGACAAAACAUGAUCGUCCCCGGGGUAUCAUUCAGGAUGUAGUCGCUCUUGGUUGAAUAGUUUCAGGCGGGGUCCACAGCUGAGGUAGGGGCCUCGCAGACCGUAGAGGGUAGUUAGUGGUGAGGUGGAGGGCUGUUCGGGAACAGCCGGAGCGGAUUUCGUCGGACUGGUUCCGGGGGUAUCCACGGCUUGGGGUAGGGGCCUCGCAGACCGUGGAGGGUAGUGGUGGGUGGUUUGGGAACAGCAACAGCCGGAGCGGAUUGCGUCUGACGGAGCUAUGGCUCCGCCCCUUGGAAGCACAGCAGCGGUAGAUAGCGGUGUUGGGUUCUUUGGGCCAUCCAGACGACUUUUAACCUCUUGUUGUGGUUCGAUAGACGCGCAGCUAUUAAUAGCGGCAGGUACUGCCACGACGCGCAGCGAGCUGGGCCAUCAGGCCUCGUCCGCUUUUCUGCGAACGAACCUGAUUUCGCGCUGUUAUGGAUUGAUUUAGGCAUGUACGGGUGUGGGUGUAGACUAAUAGUGAUGGGGUUGUUUGUGUUGUUGCCCCAGUCUGAAGGAGGAACAAUCAAUGAGUUUGGUACCCGGUCUCCGCAGAGUUUGUCCCUCUCCUCCCCAUUCGUGGGCCCUUUGAACCGAGGCGUGUUGAUGCGUUCUGCGAGAGAAAGACGGACGGACCAGUACGUCCAAAUAGCAACUCAGUUAAUUAAGUGAUACGAAGUACCUUGAUAGCGACGACUUCUUCUGCCGCCGUGCAAAAGAGCAGCAUCAGACGGGUGUCGAUCAGACGGGCUUCAUUCCCUUCCGUUGAGGGUACCCGCUACUGUGGCAAGUCGUCGUUUAGUUAGUUGGGGUUACGUUUUGGUAGCAGCUUUGCCGUUGGCGACAUCGGAAUGAAGCGUGGUUGUGUUGAUUCUACCCAGCCUGGUAGGGUUCGACCUUUAGGCGGUGCGAUUACAUCGAUGUUUACAAGUCAGCGAGGCAGCAGCGUAGGUUUUUGGGCGGAGGUAGGUACGCAUGCAAAUAGACUAGUCUAGUCUCGGGUCAGGUGGGAGUCAGUUCACAGUGUUUCCAUGAGGUGCUUUGUCUGCGAGGAGAUAGAAUAUUGAUUGCUAGACUACAGUAUACAGGACACAUCGCUAAAAGUAAUCAAUUGGAGCUAUAAUGCAU